CGCCAGCGUCGUACUGUCAUUUGGCUGUUGGCUCCAGGGACGUUAAGGGCAAACUUGAAGGACGAGUUUUCUGGGAUUUUUGGGAAAUUGCCUACGAUAAUCAGAUAUUAAUUGAUCAUCAGUUGCAACCAAAGCGUGAGAGAUGGCAGUAGCCGGCCUAAGAGCCAGUUAUCACCGAGUGUUGGACAAGAUUGGUUUAAUGCUCCCUGCCAAGAUGAGGCCUUUUUAUGAGCAUCCCGCAGGUCCUCGUACUGUUUUUUUCUGGGCACCAAUUAUGAAGUGGAGUUUAGUCAUUGCAGGAUUAGCUGAUCUGGCCAGACCUGCUGACAAACUUAGUCCAGCUCAAUCAGGAGUGCUCUGUGCCACAGGGUUGAUUUGGUCCAGAUACUCUCUGGUGAUUAUUCCCAAGAACUGGAGCUUGUUUGCUGUAAACUUCUUUUUGGGCUGUGCAGGUGGUAUACAGCUGAUCCGUAUCACAAAGUACAACUAUGAUUUAAAACACCAGGCGUAAUAUCUUGAAUGAAAACCAAUGGCACGCCACAAGACUUCAAGAUACCUUGUCUUUAAUAUAUAUUUUAAAUGUGCCUUGUAAAUGAAUCAAUGUCUAAGAUUUAAUAACUUGCCUCAAAUGGUUUUGAGGUGGAGAUUGUUACAUAUAUUAUUUGUAAAUAUGUUCUUCAUCUCCCAAUAAAUUCUGGUAUUACAUGCAACA